AUGAAUGGACUCUUCCUUAACCACUUGAGGCCCGGGCGGCACGUGCCCUGUGCGCAGACGCGGACACGCGCUGGGCACACCACCGCCCUCUGCGGGGCUGGCUCGCCACUCCGCCGGGCUAGGCGCGACGUCUCAGAGGUCACAAGGUCGCUGACGGGUUGCGCUGAAAAUCGCUCACUCUUUCUUAACUUGAUUCUUUGCCGUGUUGUGUCGGCAAAAAGUGCCAGGAUGAAGUACAACAGGCAGGUAACCUCCUCGAGGAGGAAAAAUAGGAAGAGGCAUUUCAGUGCACCUUCACAUAUCAGAAGAGUUCUUAUGUCUUCGCCUCUCUCCAAGGAAUUGAGACAGAAAUUCAAUGUGAAAUCCAUGCCUAUCCGCAAAGAUGACGAAGUUCAGGUUGUGCGGGGUCACUACAAAGGCCAGCAAGUUGGCAAAGUGGUUCAGGUGUACCGUAAGAAGUUUGUUGUCUACAUUGAAAGGAUCCAGCGUGAAAAGGCCAAUGGCGCAAGUGCCUAUGUUGGUAUCCACCCUUCAAAGUGCGUAAUUGUCAAACUAAAAAUGAACAAGGACCGUAAGGCGAUCCUUGACCGCAGAGCGAAGGGCAGACUAGCAGCCCUCGGAAAGGACAAGGGCAAAUACACAGAGGAGACCGCCACCGCAAUGGAGACCUCG